GUCUUCAGCUUCAGGAUGUUUCCCAUGGCCAGAAAUGCUCUAAGUCGUCUCCGAGUUCAAAGCAUUCAGCAAACAAUUGCAAGGCAAAGCCAUCAGAAACGGACACCUGAUUUCCAUGACAAAUAUGGUAAUGCUGUAUUAGCUAGUGGAGCCACCUUCUGUGUUGUUGUAUGGGCUUAUACAGCAACACAAAUUGGAAUAGAAUGGAACCUGUCCCCUGUUGGCAGAGUCACCCCAAAGGAAUGGAGAGAUCAGUAAUCAUCCCAGCUGGUGUAAUAAUGAAUUGUUUCAAAACCAACUCAUAAUUGAUGCUAAGUAAAAGCAUUGAGCACCCAUGAAAUAUGGCC